CGGAGCCCCGGACCACCACGCUGCAUCAUGCCCACCCCCAACGCUGCCACGCCGCAGCCCAAGGGCUUCCGAAGGGCUGUGUCCGAGCUGGACGCCAAGCAGGCUGAGGCCAUCAUGUCCCCGAGGUUCAUCGGGCGGCGGCAGAGCCUCAUUGAAGAUGCACGCAAGGAGCGGGAGGCGGCGGUGGCGGCCGCAGCAGCAGCGGCCUCCUCGGAGCCCGGGGACCCCCUGGAGACAGUGACUUUUGAGGAGAAAGAUGGAAAGGCCGUGGUGAAUCUGCUCUUCUCCCUGAAGGGCUCCAAGCCCUCGUCACUGUCUCGCGCUGUGAAGGUGUUUGAGACGUUUGAAGCCAAAAUCCACCACCUGGAGACCCGGCCCACCCAGAGGCCACGGGCGGGGGCUCCCCAUCUGGAGUACUUUGUUCGCUGUGAGGUGCCCAGCAGGGACCUGGCCACCCUGCUCAGCUCUGUGCGUCGGGUGACAGAGGACUUGCGCAGUGCUGGGGAGGACAAGGUCCCCUGGUUCCCAAGAAAAGUGUCAGAGCUGGACAAGUGUCACCACCUGGUCACCAAGUUUGAUCCCGACCUGGACUUGGACCAUCCGGGCUUCUCGGACCAGGCGUACCGGCAGCGCAGAAAGCUGAUUGCCGAAAUAGCCUUCCAGUACAAGCAUGGUGACCCGAUUCCCCGUGUUGAGUACACAGCUGAGGAGAUCGCCACCUGGAAGGAAGUCUACACCACGCUGAAGAGCCUUUAUGCCACCCAUGCCUGCCGGGAGCACCUCGAGGCUUUUGAGCUGUUGGAGCGCUUCAGCGGCUACCAGGAGGACAACAUCCCACAGCUGGAGGACGUCUCCCGCUUCCUGAAGGAGCGGACGGGCUUCCAGCUGCGACCUGUGGCCGGCCUGUUGUCUGCCCGGGACUUCCUGGCCAGCCUGGCCUUCCGUGUGUUCCAGUGUACCCAGUACAUCCGCCAUGCAUCCUCGCCCAUGCAUUCUCCCGAGCCGGACUGCUGCCAUGAGCUGCUGGGACACGUGCCCAUGCUGGCUGACCGCACAUUUGCCCAGUUCUCCCAGGACAUCGGCCUUGCGUCCCUGGGGGCCUCGGACGAGGAAAUUGAGAAGCUGUCCACGCUGUACUGGUUCACGGUGGAGUUCGGGCUGUGCAAGCAGAACGGGGAGGUGAAGGCCUACGGUGCAGGACUGCUGUCCUCCUAUGGGGAGCUCCUGCACUCCCUGUCUGAGGAGCCAGAGAUCAGAGCCUUCGACCCCGAGGCCGCGGCCGUGCAGCCCUACCAAGACCAGACCUACCAGCCAGUCUACUUCGUGUCUGAGAGUUUUAGUGAUGCCAAAGACAAGCUCAGGGGCUACGCCUCGCGCAUCCAGCGUCCCUUCUCCGUGAAGUUCGACCCGUACACGCUGGCCGUCGACGUGCUGGACAGUCCCCGCACCAUCCGGCGCUCCCUAGAAGGUGUCCAGGACGAGCUGCACACCCUGGCCCACGCGCUGAGUGCCAUUGGCUAGGCCUGCCCUGGGCCCUUCUGGUCCUUUCUCCAGCCCUCCUGUCUCCUGCCCCCUCCCAGAGCCCAGGCCCGUCUCCUCUGCACCCUCUGCCACCUGGGCUCCGCCGCCCCCUCACCCCGCUUCUCAGUGCCAUCGGCUGUUGUGUGCACCUGGCCUGUGAGUCCUUGUCCUGCUGUGCUGCCUGCCUGGGCUCCUGGGGGUGUGGGCCGGGGAAGGGGGUGGUCAGGUAAUACCUGUUCAUCAUCUCAAUAAAAGGAGGAGUCCUGUC